AUGGCAAAGGAAUAUUCAUCACAGCAGCUCUCAUUCUCAGUCUCAAAUACUAUGCUCCUUUUUCAUCUCUCACUCACCUGUUCGUCGCAGAACGACGAAAACGGGAUAAGUGUUGAUGAUGUUUCCGAUUUUGAUGAUGGUUUUGUGUUUGAUAUUGAUCCAUGUUUACUUGUGAAUUGUGAUAAAUUAGACAUUGGUGAAAUGAUUGGAGAAGGAUCUUACUCUAUUGUAUAUAAAGGAUGGUAUGAAAGUCGUCCCGUAGCUAUUAAGAUGAUACUCCCUCAAAGAACAAAGGAUGCUACACCAGAAUGUAAGGCCAAAUUUCAGAGGGAGGUGAAGUUAUUAUCUGGGAUUGAUCAUAGAAAUGUUGUGAAGUUUAUUGGAGCCACUGUGAAACCAUCAAUGAUGAUAAUUACAGAACUUUUAGAAGGAGGUUCACUUCAAAAAAACUUGAAGAGCAUUUAUCCAACAGCUUUUUCUUUAGAACAAUGUUUAAAUUAUGCUCUGGAUAUUUCUCAAGCUAUGGAAUAUUUGCAUGCAAAUGGCAUCAUUCAUCGUGAUCUCAAGCCUGGUAACUUACUGCUUACAGAAGACAAGAUUAAUGUUAAAGUUGCUGACUUUGGAACAGCUAGAGAGGAUAUAUGUGAUGAGAUGACAUGUGAAGCUGGUACUUAUAGAUAUAUGGCUCCUGAGCUAUUCAGCAAAGAUCCACUUCCAAAGGGAGCAAAGAAAAGCUAUGAUCGUAAGGCAGAUGUGUACAGUUUUGCAAUAGUUAUGUGGUCUUUGAUCAAAAAUCAAACUCCAUUUAAAGAAAGGAAAGACUUCAUGGCAGCAUAUGCUAUGGCUAACAAUAUGAGACCAAGUGUGGAUGGAUUUCCAAAAGAUAUACUCCCCUUGUUGCAAUCUUGUUGGGAUGAUGAUCCAAAACUCCGACCCGAAUUCACCGAAAUAGUUGAAACACUAAAAAGGAUUCUCCAAAAUCUUUACUCAACAAAGAAUAUUAGUGAGCAUGGGGAUAUAAAAGAAGUUGAUAGCAAAAUUCAUGAGGAAGAAAGUGCAAAGACACUUUCCACAACAAGCCUAGAGUCCUCUAAGAAGAAUGAAAACAUUCCCAAACUUGAGAAUGAGACUAUAAAACCCAAUGAUGGAACACAUGGCAAGUCUCAAUCUCAAUCUCACAAUGGAAUUCUCCCAGCCUUAGUGCAAAGGAAGCCAAAAAAGAAAAAUAAGAUCAACCGUUUGUUUUCUUGUUUUCGUUGUUGCUUUGCUUCUUGAUAUCACAUGUCAAAUAGCUUAAUGCUCCUCGUACUUAAAAGAC